AUGAAUCGUAAGCGAUGUAAUUCUCCUUCCGGCAUAUCUUCGUCUAGAAAAAUACUACGUAUUGGAGGUGAUGCUACUAAUAACGAAGAAAUUAUCGCAUCUUGGCUUUGUGAAUCAGAUGAAUCAUCGGCGGAUGAAAAUGAUUACAUUCAGUCAGACCGCGAUGAUUAUUCAGAAGAGGAGUAUUGUGAUGAUGGAGAGGCCGCUGGUGGAGCUUCGGACCCUGACUCUUCUGAAGAUGGUAUGCCUUUGUCACAUUUUUCCCGCCAUAUUGAUUCUGAAAAAAGGCAAACUGGCGUCCAGGUAAGCGAUUCUCAAGUAAGUACAGUUGUCGAGGGUAAUGUAUCGCAAUCUCGCAGAAAGUACUACUACGGGAAAAAACGCUGCAUGAAGUGGUCUGCAGAAGGGCCAUCGAGAACUACACGCACACCUGCGCACAACAUCGUUACUCCAAUAACUACAAUUGAUUUUUCACCGGAUAGUCCGCCUUCACAAUUAUUUAGUUUGCUAAUAACUGACAAUAUUAAAACACAAAUUAUAGAAAAUACUAACCAAAAACUGGAAUUGGUAAGGCAAAAAUAUAAGCGACAAGGCAAACCUGAACUGAAGGACUUAGAUUCUGUAGAGUUGGAUGCUUUCAUUGGGCUGUUGAUUUUUAGUGCAGCAUUCAAAUCGAAUAAUGAAGACAUAAAUGCAUUGUUUGCUACUGAUGGAACAGGGAGAGAUAUUUUUAGAGGAGUAAUGUCCAAAGAUCGUUUUCCAAUGAUUCUCGUAAGUCUUCGGUUUGAUGAUGCAUCUACCAGAGAUGAAAGAAAACAAUCUGAUGUCGCUGCUCCUAUCUCGAGCAUAUUUUAUGAAUUUGUCGCCAAUUGCCAAAAGUAUUAUAAAAUUGGAGAGAAUACCACUAUCGACGAAAUGUUAGUGUCUUUUAGAGGCAGGUGCAGAUGGAAGAAGUACAUGCCUAACAAACCCUGCAAGUAUGGAUUGGAAAUAAAAUGUCUAACUGAUAGUACCACCGGUUACCUGUACAAUGCUUACCUCCAUACGGGCAAGAACAGUGACGGCAACGGACUAACCGACGAACAGAAAAAACUGCUGGUACCUACACAAUGUGUUUUACGUUUAGCAAAACCCAUCAUGGGAACUAAUCGAACCAUCACUGCAGAUAAUUACUUCUCCUCGAUUGAAGUAUGCAGAGAAUUAAAAAAAAUUGUUUGA